AUGGCGUGGAAAAGCACAAAAUUGGAUUUUGGGUUGGGUUGCAUGUGGUGUGCUCUUUCUGGUCUGUGGAGCUAUUGGCUAGCAGACGGUCUGAUGCGCCGAUGGUUAUUUCAUUAUGAAAUUAGGAAUACAAUUAUACGAUUGAUCUCACUACAAGCGAUAAAUUGGGUCGUGACAGCACUAGUAGCAUCUCAUUUAGGAUCUGAUGAGCCAUUACGGACAUGGAUUAUCGUAGUGCUAGUAUUCACCAUCGCGAAUCCUAUACAAUGGUUAUUCACUUCACCGGCAAAAUAUCAAAAGAAAGUCGUCGAUCUAGAAACCAACAAAGCAUUAGCAUGGAAAGACAUUGGACGUUAUAUCAUAGUACCUCUCACGAUUGUCACUUUUAUCACAAUGGUAUGCCUACUAGAACAACAGACCGCAUUCCAUUGCACACCUCACUCUGGCCACUACAAAUUGAAUGCUAAUUUAACCCUCGGCGACACAGAUGCCUAUGUUAAAGUGAUUAUGGUGAUCUUGUCAUCAUGGACAGAAAGCAGCUAUGAGAAACGUCAGGCGUUUCGUAAUAGUACGUUACGACUAUUGCCACAGAAUUCAAAUCGGAUCUCUAUCGUGUAUCGAUUUGUUCUUGGAGAUGCACCAUCGGCGAAAACGCGGAUGGAAUUAGGUCAUAAAAUUCAUGUAGAGUCUCAAGAAUUUAACGAUAUUUUAAUGGUACCCGCUUUAGAUACUUUUCGUCAACUUAGUCGUAAAGUUUAUAAAACUUUUCAAUGGACAAGUAAAUUUACUUUUGAUUAUUUGAUUAAAACUGAUGACGAUGUGUUUAUUCGGCUGGAUACUGUUGCAACCGAAUUGGAAGAAAUGGGUCCUGGUAAAAGAUAUUAUUGGAAAGGACUCGCUUAUUGGAAUAUUCCAUCAAAUAGUGAAACAGAACAAAAAUAUUCCGACGAAGAAUUCGAUCUUCCCAUUUUCCCUCCGUUCACCGCUGGAACACUUUACAUCCUUUCACGAGACAUAGUUUCACUUAUAGUGACCGACGCACCGCGUCUAUUCACACAGAAUGAAUAUCAAUCAUUGGGCAUAUGGUUAUUCUCAUACAACAUCAAACCAAUUCACGAUCGCAGAAUACAACAGGCUGACGUCUGUGAAGAUGACAUGAUUGCCAAACCAUUCAACGAUCGCUACUCAUCCUCCAAAACGAUGGAAGAUAUGUAUGAGAAUAUUCGCAAUAAUCGACGAUUAUGUGACGGAUUUCCACAAAUUAAUUGUGCAGUUUGUUAUCUCUGUGAAGGUAGAACAGUAGAUUGGCGCUCCUGGAAUUUCAAUUGUGAUUUGGAAAAAGGAAUCACUUUGAAAAUCGCGAAUACUGGUUUCAGUUUUACUAAUCCUGGCAUAACAAUCGUCAGGCCAAUAAUUUAUGGUAAUGUCGCAACACCCUUACCACCCAAAAAAAGUGCCGAGACGGAUCAUACUCAUAAAUGGACGGUAUCAGUUAAAGGUGUUAAUGGAGAAGAUAUAAGCUAUUUCAUAAAGAAGGUUGUUUUCAAACUACACGAGACCUAUCAAAACCCACUAAGAACCAUAGAAAAUCCUCCUUUUGAAAUUUCAGAAACUGGGUGGGGCGAAUUCGAGCUCACCAUGAAACUCCACUUUGUACCAGAGAGUGGCGAGAAACCAGUCACAUUGUAUCAUAAUUUACGAUUACACCCUUAUGAAGAUGAUGGAUCGAUUUUGACUUCUAAUAAGGGUAAACCCGUCUCAAGCUUUCAAUAUGAUGAACUUGUAUUUACCGAUCCAACAGAGACAAUGUAUCAAAUACUUUUAUCCAACCAGACUUCAAAUCUUCCGACUCGGAGCACUGCAAGUCAACCUUAUAGUAUCCAAGCAGAACAAGAAGAAGUAAAAGCAAUUGAGACUGCUUAUCGUCAAGUACAAGAGAAUAUUACAAAGUAUAAGCAGCGAAUGGAUAAUGCCACCAAAGAAAUGAAUCAGGUGAUAUAUAAUGACAACAAAGCGGAAG